GAUAGGGCUCUCGGUGCUCUGCAACACAACACAGUUAGCCUAUUCCCGUCACGGCUUCUGCCUUCUUCCUGCCGCACGCGUCUCGCAUUCGACGGCCGGAGCUCUCGGUUUCGGCUUCUGCCUUCCGCACGCGGCUUCCCAUCGCAACUGUGACCUAGUCCGGUACUUGAACAGAAGUGAAAUGGAUGAGGCUGUCCCUGCUGUGGCUACCGACCAAGCUUCAACCAAUUCUGUGACGGACCAGCCUAUGAUGGUGUACAUAUGGGACAUGGAUGAGACACUUAUUUUGCUCAAGUCACUGCUGGAUGGGUCGUAUGCUGGGGCUUUUGACGGCCUGAAGGACUGUGAUAGAAGUAUUGAAAUAGGGAAGCGGUGGGAGAACCUCAUUCUUGAACUCUGCGAUGAGCACUUCUUUUACGAGGAGAUUGAGAAUUACAAUGAACCCUUUCUCAAUGCCUUGAGUGAAUAUGAUGAUGGGAAAGACUUGACCUCAUAUGAUUUUGAGGCUGACUGUUUUAGUUCACCUUAUGAUGAUGUGAACAAAAGGAAGCUGGCUUACAGGCAUCGUGCUAUUAGAGAGAAAUAUUCAAAGGGUUUGGAUAAAAUUCUGGACCAACAGAUGGUCAAAGUCUGGAAUGAUCUGUAUAGUUUGACUGACAACUAUACUGAUGGCUGGCUUUCUUCAGCUCAUAAAUUGUUGGAAGAAGCAAUGGGCAAAUCAGCAGCGUCGCCUACUGCUAACUCUUCAAGCAUCAAUUACAUAGUCACAUCAGGGUCGCUGAUUCCUAGUCUUGCCAAAUGUUUGCUGUAUCGCCUGGAUGACGUGGUCUCAUCUGAGAAUGUUUACAGUUCAUGGGAAGUGGGGAAGCUGCAGUGCUUCAGAUGGAUCAAGGAGCGAUUUGAUGGUCCAAAUGUUCGCUUCUGUGCAAUCGGAGACGGGCACGAAGAAUGCAGCGCAGCACAGGUCAUGAAAUGGCCGUUCAUCAAGAUUGAGUUCCACCCCGACGCCCCUCAUAGGUUCCCUGGCCUAGACUUGCCUACAAUCCAUAACUACAUGGAUGUCAUAUAUGAGUCGUCAAGCAAAGAUGGUUGACCAACGUUUUAUGUUGGUCCCAUUUUGUCCCCUGACCUCCAAUGCCUGUGGCGAUGCAGUUCUUGCUUAGAGCUGUUUGCCAUGGAGGUCGUAUUUAAGGAAAUUGUAAGCAAAGAGAUGUCAUGAGAAGCAUGUUGUCCUCCUCUUUACCUUGGGGAAUUAAUUAGGAGGCUGGUGUGCGAUAAAUAAGAGUCUGACCAGUUCAUCCAUCCCACCAUGUUAUAGAUUCUAUCUAUGUUAUAGAUGCUGUUGCCAUUUUACUCUGAUUCAGGCAAUAAUCUGUUGUUGUGUCCAGGCUUUUUGCCUGUGGUGUUCA